AUGGAACAAAUCGAGCGUGUUAAAGCCAUACUCGCUAAAAUCAAUCUCAAUUGUAAUUCCGGGACAUCUUUGCAGACUCAAGCAGUAAAACGUUAUAAGGGUAUAAUAUUAUGUGGAUGUUCUUUCUAUGUGGAAGUACUUGAUAGUAUCCGUGAUGACCUGCUGAACGGGUCAGACCCCGAAGGCAUUGCUGCUGUUGAUGCAGCUGAAAAAGCGCUUCAGGCUUUGUUGGAUUAUUUAGGCCAUAAGACUUCUUAUCUCAAAGAAGAGGGCGACGAUACUCUUCUGUUUAACCAACUCUUUGGAACCAUUCCUAACUUCUUCCAAAGAAUUGAUUACCUGAAGAAAAACUAUCAAAAACUACUUCAGGAAUUCAAAAAUGCACUCGAGAAAUUACUACCAUAUGUUAAUGAGGACUUGGUAACUAAAAGAGAUGCGUGGAUAGUACCUAAGGGAGUGCCUCUGAGAGUAAUCUUCUCUAAUCUCUUAGAGACGCAGAAAGGCUACAGUACUUGUGUUAAUAAUAGACUUCACACCUUUCCUGAACGUCUAAGUAACCUAGGUCUUGAGGUUUUUGAACUGCAUUUUUCUCCUGCUCUUGAUGGCGCUUCUUCCGAGUAUUUAGAAGAAAUUGGACGAGUACUAAUUGCUUUAGAAAAAGAAGUCGGUAAAUGCAACCUCUCCAAAGGCCAAGAAAUACAGUUACAAAAGAUUCUCCUCGGGAUCCAGAAAACCAUUGAUUCUCUUGUCCAAAAGCUACGGGAUUUUAGAAUAGCAUAUGACCAAGCCGUUGUUGAUAUUGGGGAAAAUGGGGCAUUAUUUGGUCCCAAGUUCGAUGAACUUAAUCAAAUGCUGGGCAAAGUCAACAAGGGUCUACCCGAUCUAAGGUACAGGAUCGAUAGACUUGAGAAGAUCCUCUGUCCUUCUUUCUUGGGAUUUGGGUUCUAUGAGUUCUUGUGUAUUGUGUUUAUAGGGAGUCUGGCAAUUUUCUUGUACCUUGGGGAGGAGGACACCACAGCGGCGAGGUCCUGGAACACCGGGGUGUAUCUACUUGCAGUGGUCGGGGGUAUUGCAUACCAGGCGUGGAGACUGGCAACGAGGUACCGCGACGACGGGGUGAUUGAGAUGCUGAGGGAGGAGUGGACUGCAGCUGGGUGCAUUGUGCCAAUGGCCGCGGCGCUGCUUCAUGGCGGCGUGAUCAGGAGUAGCGUGUACAGCAUGACGGUAGUGGGGAUCGUGGCUGCCGCGGUGUGUGUGCAGGGCCUUGCGUCGCGGAAGAUGCCACGGAGGCAGAUGUGCAUGGUUGCUGGCGGGAUUCUGGGGCUGGGGGCUCUGUGUGCUGCCGGAGACAGGAAGAUGCUUCUGGACAGCUAUGAGUGGCGCCGGUGGAUGUGCGCCGGGGUUGUUGUGUUUGCAGCUCUGGCACUUCUUAUGUUGUAUGCCGAUGCCCCUGGAGAUGAAGAGAAGACUGCUAAAGGAGCUGGGGAGAUAGUGUUUCUGAUGAGUAUGGCGGUUUUGACUGGAGUGUCGCUGGUGUGUGGACGCGACUACUGUAUGGUGUACGGAAAGAGUGCAGGACCUAAGUACUGUUCAUUUUGA